GGAAUCGCAGAGGAGGAGCCGGGCCGAGCUGAGCUGAGCCCAGCCGAGCCGUGCCCAGCCGGAACGCACCGGAGCCGGGCCAUGGAGGGCUCCGAGCCCGGCCGGGGGCUGCGGCGCUUCACCUGGGAGGAGAUCGGGCAGCGGAACGGGCGGGGGCCGGCCCCGCAGGAGCGCUGGCUGGUGAUCGACAGGAAGGUGUACGACAUCAGCCACUUCUGCCGGAGGCACCCGGGAGGCUCCCGGGUCAUCAGCCACUACGCCGGGCAGGACGCCACGGAUCCUUUCAUCGCUUUUCAUCUUGACAAGACACUGGUAAGAAAGUACAUGAGCCCACUGCUGAUUGGGGAACUGGCACCAGAUCAACCCAGCUUUGAGCCCAGCAAGAAUAAAAAGCUGGUGGAAGAUUUCCGUGAGCUUCGUGCAGUGGUUGAGAAAAUGGGGCUUCUCAACCCCAACCACACCUUUUUCUUCCUGUAUCUCUGCCACAUCCUGGUGUUGGAUGUUGCAGCUUGGCUCGUCAUCUGGUAUUUUGGAGCAUCCACGCUGCCUUUCCUCUUCUCUGCAGUGCUUUUAGGCACUGUUCAGGCCCAGGCUGGCUGGCUCCAGCAUGAUUUUGGACACCUCUCAGUCUUUAGCAAGUCCAGGUGGAACCACUGGGUGCACAAGUUCGUGAUCGGCCAUCUGAAGGGAGCCCCAGCCAGCUGGUGGAACCACCUCCACUUCCAACACCACGCUAAACCCAACUGCUUCAGGAAGGACCCCGACGUCAACAUGCACCCCUUGUUUUUUGCUUUGGGAAAAACACUCUCUGUAGAGCUUGGUGUGCAAAAGAAAAAAUUCAUGCCUUACAACCACCAGCACAAGUACUUCUUCAUCAUUGGUCCCCCAGCUCUGGUGCCUCUUUACUUUCAGUGGUACAUCUUCUACUUCGCCGUGCAGAGGAAGCAGUGGGUGGACCUGGCCUGGAUGUUGUCCUUCUACAUCCGAUUCUUCCUCACCUAUUUGCCCUUCCUGGGGGUGAAGGGUACGCUGGGGCUCCAUCUGUUAGUCAGGUUUAUAGAGAGUAACUGGUUUGUCUGGGUUACACAAAUGAAUCACAUCCCAAUGCACAUCGAUUAUGAUAAGAAUGUGGACUGGUUCUCUACCCAGCUCCAGGCAACCUGUAAUGUUCAUCAGUCCUUUUUCAAUGACUGGUUCAGCGGACAUCUGAACUUCCAAAUCGAGCACCACCUUUUUCCUACAAUGCCAAGACACAACUACUGGAAGGUGGCCCCUCUGGUGAAGUCCCUGUGUGCCAAACAUGGCAUUGAGUACCAGUGCAAGCCCCUGCUCACGGCCUUUGCAGACAUUGUGCACUCUUUGAAAGAUUCAGGGGAACUUUGGCUCGAUGCCUACCUACAUAAAUAAGCAGCAGUGGAUCCCUGCAGAGGAAUUCCCCAGCCUUGCUGCCUCCCGUGGUGGUCACCGUGAAGAGGAGGCUGAGCUGGCUAAGCUAGAGGUGGGGAGAUGUGGCACCACUUGAUUCCACUGAUGAAUGUAAUUAAUUUGAUGGAUUUUUGUAAAGAUGUGCUCUUAAUUCUUCUUGUGCUUCUUUCAUUCCUCUUUGGUGCUGAGUUAUGGGGAAAAGCUGAGUGGAGGAAGUUGUUCCACCAAGCUGGGGGCAGCUUUGAGACAGGGAACAGAUUCCUUUCCAUCUGCUGAUACUUCAUUUAGGAGGGGAGUUUCUUAUCUAACAUAGGUUUUUUGGGGUGGCUCUCAUUGUGAGUGUAAGAAUGCUGAGGCAGCACGAAAUCAAGGAAUGUGGGAGUUAGUGAAAUAUGGAAGCUCUAGGGAAUUGGGUAGGUCUAGUAUUUUCAAAUACCUGUUUGUAGUUAGUGAGACCCCCAAACCAAUUUGUAUAUAUGUGGGUGAGGUGGAGAAGGUGCAGGCAGCAGUACUCUGGGAAUAGGACCUAACUGAGGUAAAGAAACAGGAAAAAAGAGGCUAUUCCACAUGCCAUAUUCUGUGGGAAUGCUGCCCUCCGCGUCUCCUUUGGAAGCCUCUGGGUCAUUUGUCCGUUGGUAACAUCCCAUGGGGAAUCUGCAAGUGGUUUCCACAGUGCCAGACUUUGGAGUGUUACAAACCCAUUAGUGAAAGUCAGAAGAGAUAGGAAUAUGUCACAUCCAUACUCAGGAUCCCUACAGGGGUGACUAAGGAAGCAAAAGUGUUCAAGGCUGGAUUGGAGCGAGCUUGGAGAAACCUGGUCUAGUGGAAGGUGUCCCUGCCCAUGGAACAACAUGAUUUUUAAGGUCCCCUCCCAUCCAAACCAUUCUGUGAUGAUUCUAUGAAAAGGGUGAUCAUAACCAGUCUGUGAUCACCUGAAGUUCUGGAGGUUUUUUUUAAACCUCUGUUAAGAGGAGACAACUCCUGACUCCUGGCCCAGGGAGCAUGAGGUGUUCCUGUCAGAGCUGCAGACAAAUCUAAUGAAAUUAGGAAAGUGUUAGGGGAUGGGCCACUGUUUAAAUGUGUUUAACUUUUCAGUCAGCUGGGUAUCCACAGGCUCAUAUCAGCCAAAACGUUGCUGGUUCUUCCUCUCUUGGAUGUUGUGCCUUCCAAACACACCACAAGAAGGGAACAUGUGCUGUGGGAUUUAUUGGAAUAGCCUUAGUGCCUUUCCCAGGGUCUUUUCAUUUACCACACCAACAAUAGAGAUGCCAAAGCAGGAUAUAACACCUGCCACAUCACUAAUGAGGAUGCUCCAUCACCUUGUUACCCCAGGGAUUAGUACCCAGAAGGGAUGGGUUGAUCUUGAGGAGCAUGUGGUGCUUUUGCCAACCAACAUCCAAGAUCAGAAUGACUUGUGAAGGAAUGGAAGAAAUGCAUCUUCCCAGGCCAAGAGUGUUGUUAAGCACAGGAUAAAACUGUAAUGGAAAUAAUAAAAUAAUCAUUAAAUACCUGUUGAUUAAGACCAUAAAUAAAAUGGACCUUAGUUAUUGUUUUACCUUGUUUUUUCCCUGCUCCAUUUCUCUCCCUUUUAUUAGAACUGUUGAUGGAGGAAAGACUAAUAAUAAAAUUCCUUAUCUUACCAAUU